AUGAGGCCUUCGUACGAGUCUAAGACGUCGGAAAAGAUCUUGAUUGAAUCGAACGAUGGCGAUACGUUCACUUCAUUGGCUAAGCCCUCGUCUUCGAUAACUAGGCACAGUGACAUGAUCCCGUCUUCGAAAAGGUAUGUCUAUUUCUUGUGUCUUUUCGCUUACUCGAUGCUCCCCCGAUUCUCUUGCUAA